AUGUCAUUAGACUUUGGCAGUGUGGCCCUACCAACACAAAAUGAAGAUGAAGAAUAUGACAAAGAAGACUAUGAAAGGGAGAAAGAGUUGCAGCAAUUACUCACGGACCUUCCUCAUGAUAUGCUGGAUGAUGACCUCUCGUCCCCCGAGCUCCACUAUUCGGACUGCAGUGAGGAUGGCACAGAGGGAGAACCACAUCAUCCUGAGCAAUCGGAGAUGAACUGGAAUAAGCAUCAAGUGCUGCCCAAAUCUCAAAAUAUAAAUGACUAUAACGAAAUUCAGAGUUUAUACAUUGGAGAAAAAUGUGGUAAUGGCUGGGAAGAACAUCGAAGUGAAACCGAAGACCGACACCCAGGGUACCAUCGUGAAGAAGGUGGAGACGAAGGCGGAAGUGGCUAUAGUCCUCCAAGUAAAUGUGAACAGACUGAUUUAUAUCACCUUCCUGAAAACUUUAGACCAUAUACCAGUGGUCAGAAGCAGGAAUUUAAUAACCAACCAACCAAUGUAAUUAAAUUUUCAGACCCCCAAAGGAACCAUUUUCAGCAAUUUGGGUCAUCACAAGGUCCUGGUUGUCAAGCUUUGGAGUCAUAUAAAGUGACAUAUAAACCUUAUCAGUCUUCUCAGAAUAAUGGCUCACCAGCCCAGGAAAUAGCAGGAAGUGACACAUUUGAAGGCCUGCAGCAACAAUUUUUAGGAGCUAAUGAAAAUUCUGCAGAAAAUAUACAGAUUAUUCAACUUCAGGUUCUUAACAAAGCAAAAGAGAGACAACUAGAAAACUUUGUUGAAAAGUUAAGUGAAAGUGAACGUCAAAUUCGAUAUCUGAAUCACCAGCUUCUGAUAAUCAAAGGAUUAAAGUCCAUGGAGAGCACAGAGUUAAAAUACUGUAAACAUGGAUCUCCUGUGUGUGUUUACCAGAUGAUCAAGAAAUGCAGAACAACUGAAAUGGCUCUGGAAAGCUUGAAGCAGCAACUGGUGGACCUUCAUCAUUCUGAAUCACUUCAACGAGCUAGAGAGCAGCAUGAGAGCAUUGUUAUGGGCCUCACAAAAAAGUACGAAGAGCAAGUACUGUCCUUACAAAAGAAUUUGGAUGCUACAGUUACCGCACUUAAAGAACAGGUUGGAAUGAUUUCAAAUGAGCAACUGUUAUCAGCAAGGUCAGUACAAGAGGUGGCUCAGCUUCGGCUCCAGCUGCAGCAAGCACAAAAGGCACAUGCUAUGAGUGAAAACAUGAACAAGGCUUUGCAUGAGGAAUUAAUUGAACUAAAAGAUGAAAUUUCUCUCUACGAAUCUGCUGCAAAACUAGGAAUACUUCCAAGUGACUCCGAAGGAGAAAUAAAUGUAGAACUCACUGAAUCAUAUGUGGAUUUGGGUAUUAAAAAAGUCAACUGGAAAAAGUCCAAAGUUAACAGCAUUGUUCAGCAAGAAGACCCAAAUCAAGAGCUUUCAAAAGAUGAAUUCAUUCUGAAGUUGAAAGCAGAAGUGCAGCGUUUGCUGGGUAGCAACUCAAUGAAGCGUCAUCUGGUGUCUCAGUUACAAAAUGAUCUCAAAGACUGUCAUAAGAAAAUCCAAGAUCUCCAACAAGUGAAGAAAGAUGAAAAAAGCAUUGAGGCUGAGACUAAAACAGAUACCUCAGAAAAAACAACUAAUCAGUUAUGGCCUGACUCUUCUACUUCUGAUAUGAUUGUCAGAGAUGAUAUUCUGAGACUUAAAAAUGAAAUUCAAGUUUUACAACAACAAAAUCAGGAACUUAAAGAAACUGAAGAAAAACUGAAAAAUACAAAUCAAGGUUUAUGUAAUCAAAUGAGACAAAUGGUACAGGAUUUUGACCGUGAUAAACAAGAAGCUGUGGAUAGGUGUGAGAGGACUUACCAGCAGCACCAUGAAGCAAUGAAAGCCCAAAUACGUGAAAGCCUAUUAGCAAAGCAUUCUUUGGAGAAGCAGCAGCUCUUUGAGGUUUACGAGAGGACUAAUUUGCAACUUAGAUCUGACUUAGAUAAGACGAAUAAGGAGAUGGCUGCUGUGCAGGAAUGUUACCUAGAAGUGUGCAGAGAGAAGGAUAAUCUAGAAUCGACUCUCAGGAAGACCAUUGAAAAGGAGCAACAGGCUCAGGAGAAGAUCAAACAAAAACUCAUUCAACAGCUUGAAAAGGAGUGGCAGUCUAAGCUGGAUCAAACUAUAAAGGCAACAAAAAAGACGACCUCAGAUUAUGGCAGCCAGACUGACCAAGUAACCACCAUUGAUGUUAUUUCCAAGAAAGAGAUGGCAACCAUGAUAGAAGAGCAGAAGCAAAAGAUCCAGCAAAAUUUAGAACGAGAGAAGGAAACAGCUAUCAAGGGGACUUUGAAGAAACUCGAAACUGAAUUGGAACUCAAAUAUUGUGAAAAAAUUGCAAAACAGGUAGAAAUAGCUGUGCAGAAUGCUCGUCAUCGAUGGCUGGAAGAACUACCUGACCUUGCAGAGUAUCAGGCACUUGUGAGAGCAGAACAGAAGAAGUGGGAAGAACAACAAGAGAUCUCUGUGGCCAAGCGGAUAUUGUUUGCUGUUUCUGAAGCUAAAGAGAAAUGGAAAAGCGAGCUUCAAAGUAUGAAGAAAAAUAUAAUACCUGGAAAGGAAUUGGAACAGAAGAUUCAUUCUCUUCAGAGGGAACUAGAGUUAAAGAAUGAGGAAGUCCCCGUGGUCAUCAGGGCUGAGUUGGCUAAGGCUCGGAGUGAAUGGAACAAAGAAAAGCAAGAAGAAAUCCACAAAAUUCAAGAACAAAAUGAGCAAGAUUACCGGCAAUUUUUAGAUGAUCAUAGAAAUAAAAUUAAUGAGGUGCUUGCGGCAGCUAAAGAAGACUUUAUGAAACAAAAAAAUGAACUGCUUCUUCAGAAGGAGACAGAAUUACAAACAUGUCUAGACCAGAGUCAUAGAGAAUGGACUAUGCAGGAAGCCAAGAGGAUCCAACUGGAAAUCCAUCAGUAUGAGGAAGACAUCCUAACUGUACUUGGGUUUCUCCUAAUGGAUAUCCAAAAGGAGCACCUUAGUGGUUCAGAGGACAAACAGCUUUUAGAAAUCAUGUCGACUUGUUCUUCAAAAUGGGUGUCUGUCCAGUAUUUUGAAAAACUAAAGGCCUGCAUACAGAAAGCAUUUCAAGAUAUACUUUAUCUACUUAUAGAAAAUGCUGACUUAGAUUGGGAAAAGAGAAAUAUGGCCAAGAUCUCUAAGGACCCUGCCUGUCGGGGAACUGGCAGAGGAGACUCUGGAGUCCCGGCAGCCCUGCCUGCACCCACUUCUGGACACCACACUCGGCCCUUGGCCUUGCAAGGAACAGAAGCCGAAGCUGAUAAGAAAAAGAUUCUUGAAAUUAAAGAUUUAUGCUGUGGACACUGCUUCCAAGAACUUGAAAUGGCAAAGCAGGAAUGUCAAGAUCUGAAAAGAAAACUGGAGAAAUGCUGUAGGCAUCUUCAGCAUUUAGAAAGGAAACACAAAGCUGUAGUGGAAAAGAUUGGAGAAGAGAAUAGUAAAGUUGUUGAAGAAUUAAUAGAAGAAAACAAUGACAUGAAGAAUAAAUUGGAAGAACUGCGAAUACUUUGUAAAACACCACCAAGAAAAUUGGUCCGAAGUCUGCCCCUCCUGUUUCUGAAAGUGCUAAUUAACAUGUAUUUUGUGGGGAUUUCCCCACCCCCUGUAGGUGACAUGCUUCGUUACAUUCAGGAGAGUAAAGAAAGGGCUGCAGAAAUGGUAAAAGCAGAGGUGUUGCGAGAACGUCAAGAAACCGCCCGAAAGAUGCGCAAAUAUUAUUUGAUUUGCCUCCAACAGAUUUUGCAGGAUAAUGGAAAAGAAGAAGGGGCCGAGAAAAAGAUUAUAAAUGCUGCUAGCAAACUUGCUACAAUGGCAAAAUUGCUGGAAACACCUACUUCUAAUAGAUCCCAGAGUAAAACUACACAAUCAGCACUGCCCCUGACUUCAGAGAUGCUGACUGGAGUUGAAAAAUCAAAAAGAAAUGAUGUGAAUCAGAAUAUACCACGUUACAUUGAAAGCAAAUCAAACAGUGCAAAAACUAUCCCCAGAAGUAUGUGCGAACAAGUUCCUAAGAGGAAGGCUGCUUGUAACUUACGAAGGCUGUUAGAGAACUCAGAGCAUGGGGACAUAAAGCAUGUGGGAUCCAAAGAGUCGCAUUCCGACUUUCAGUUCGGGGAUAGUAGUCGCAAGCACCUAAAUGUUUUGUCAAGGGAUGUUUCUCCUGAGUUUGUCCCUUGUGAAGGUGAAGGAAGCUUUGGUUUGCACAAGAAGAAAGACCUACUCAGUGAUCCUGGUUCUGAAUCACUUCUGCGUUCAGUCGCACACCCCUUUCUUGGAACCUUUGGAAAUAAAACCUCACCUAGAUGUAUCCCUGGUAUUUCCGAAUCAGGAUCCAUGCAUAAAACCUCUCGAGAUCCUAAUGAAAGACCUGGUUUAAAAGUAUAUACAUGUAAACCACUAAUGGAAAGUGAAAAUGCUGCAUCUGAGAAAAGUCAAGGUUUGGGUAUUCAGGAAACUCCUGUAAAGGAUGGAGGGGACCUUGGGGACUGCCUGAGCUGGCCUUCCAGCGAUGCAACUCUACCCUGUGACAGUCAUGAAGUGUCAUUUGUACGUGGUAGGCCACAAGAAACUCUGGACAUACUAGGUGAAUCUGUUGAUUUCAAACAAUUUUCAGUAACCAGUUCUCUUUCAGUAACCAAUUCAGGUACAGAGAAAGGUAAUGUGAUUUGUCAACCGAUGAAAUAUCAGCAUGACCAAACUACAGACCUAUCAGAAGGAACCAUGUAUUCCCAGCCGGGGAAAACCAAUGUGCCUCUUGGACACCCAUCUCAUCAUAGGACAAAUAUGUUAAAGUCAGAUUUCAAAAAACCGAGCAGUACGAUACCAUCUUCAGUGUGUCGGCAGCCUUCAAGAAGAUUAAUUGCUCCCCUAUCUAGCCAACAAGAUAGUGGCUUCGAUAGCCCAUUUGUCAAUCUAGACUAA